UACCCAGCAACACAUCCCACUGUCCACUGACAACACCAUCAACACAUCCCACUGUCCACUGACAACACCAUCAACACAUCCCACUGUCCACUGACAACACCAUCAACACAUCCCACUGUCCUCUACACAACAUACCCAGCAAAACAUCCCUGUCCUCUACACCACCAACAAUAAAGUGAUGGCUAGUUUGCGUUCAUGGUUUUCCAUACUUCGUUGGUCACUAAUCCUAACGCUAAUCCUAUUGAUUAUCCUAUCGAUAGUACCCCUGAUAUGGCCCCGAAAUUUUACCAAAGAAUCACUGAUAGGUCCCCAAUAUUAUCUGAUCAACGGUUCAGUUAUGAUUAGUUUAUCUGUGUUUGGUUUGUGUUCAAUAUGUUAUCAUUAUUUUUGGUUUACCCUAUUGUUUGCCCUAAUGCUGACCGUCUACCUGUGCGUUGAACUGGUAUUUCUGGGCGGUAAUAUCGGCCUGUAUCUAACUAAACUGGGUGUAAUUGCCUGUUCAUUUACCUACUGUGCCGUAUUGAAAAGGUUUGAAAACGAUGAACUAUAUGGUGUCUAAACCCAG